AUGGCCUUUAGUGGUAUGAGUGCCACUUUUGUCUCGCUAUGUGUUAUUUUUUUUACUGUCAUACUUAUAUUUGUCAGCUCAAGUUACUUGCGGCGUCGGCACCUGCGGUUAUUAGAGGGCAACAUUACGGCACGACGGCAGCAGCGUGCCGAGGCAGACUUACGUGAUAACGAUCGCGCCCGUUCACGUCGGGCGUUGAUGCGGCAGGCUAUUCUGCGACUUGUGGAGCGGGGCGAGGCGUAUCAGGGCAUCCCCCUUGUUUCCACGGCAAACGGAACGGAAAUGUUGGCGGACCGCCAACUGCGGUCAUACCGCGCACGCAACGGUGAACACCGUCGUCCGGAGCUGCUGUUGAUGCAGGACGGCAGACAUGCGACGGUCUCGAGCAUUGUUUCCAUGGUGCAGGCAAACCACACACCGCCCCCCGAGGCACCGCCGGGGCCGAACCUCCUGCAAAUGCUUGUAGAGAUCUCGGCGAGGCGUCAGGGCAGCGAGCCUCUGCAGCGUGGCGAGACGGUGGAUACGCUGCUUGAGCAGCUGCAGCAUCUGCAGGAAGAGGAAGAGGAGGAGGAGGAGGAGGAGGCGGCGAGGGAGAGGGAGGCCCAGCCGGACGCGGACGAAGUUUACGGGAAGGGCCUGCCGUACCUGCUGAACCCCGCAAACGAGGGCGUCGUGUAUUUCAUUGAUGACGAUGCCGAAUACGACGCGUUACUGUGCCAGCAACACCUGGCAAGAAGUAAGUCCGCGCUGGAGUGGAUUCUUACACCUCUCCUCAAACGUAAAAACGGACCGAGCUUCGAGAACCCGCGGCGUGCCAUGGAGUGA